CGUCAAAAUAGAGCGGUCCGGGUGUCCUGGAAUCUGUGGCCCACAGGCCGCGACCACAUCAACCCUGUCGUUCUCAAGCUUCCGCAAUUCAUUCACUUCCAAUGUCAAUUACUUGAAACGAAGCUCAGUGGAGGCGUUGCGCAGAUUCAGCUCGGGGGACCUGCAGUCCGAGUGCGAUGAGGGCGAGGUGGACCCCUACACCGGCCGCCCGGCCACCACCAGCCAGCCCAAGUCGCAGAAUCAGAGGCCGGCCUCCCAGGCGACAGGCGGCAGCAUAGGCAGCGCGUCCGGUCCUCCGCCCGCGCCGUCCGCUGCCGCGGCUGGCGGAGACCUGUCGCUGAACCUGCGAGGCGGCUCGCGAGGCACCUCCGCACCAUCCUCGCCGGCCAAGUCCCGAGAGUCGCUGCUGCAACGCGUACAGUCUCUCACCGGCGCGGCUAGAGAUCAAGGCGCCAACUUGCUAGGGAGCGUAACAUCAGUGGCGUCGGUCGGACGCGGGUACAACCGUGACCGCUGCGUCACUUUACUGGUGGUGGACGAUCAGAACACCGACUGGUCCAAGUACUUCCGAGGACGUCGGCUGCCGGGCGAGUGGGACAUCCGCGUUGAGCAAGCAGAGUUUAAGGAGCUGUCCGUGACUGCCAAUUCGGAUGGCGCUAACGUGUCCAUGGCGGUGUACCGCGGCGGUACUAAAGUCACCCGCUGUUUCAAACCGGAGUUCGUGUUGGUGAGGCAAAAUGUGCGGGACGCGGGCUCCGACCACCGCGCCCUUCUGCUUGGACUCAAGUUCGGCGGCGUGCCUUCCAUCAACAGCCUCAACUCGAUCUACCACUUCCAGGAUCGACCAUGGGUGUUUGGCCACCUCCUGCAAUUACAACGGCGCCUCGGAAGGGAGAACUUCCCGCUCAUUGAACAAACCUACUACCACAAUCACACCGACAUGGUCACAGCGCCUAAGUUCCCCGUCGUGAUCAAGAUAGGGCACGCGCACAGCGGCGUGGCCAAGGUGAAAGUGGACUCUUUGGCCGAUUUCCAGGAUAUAGCUGGCGUGGUGGCGAUGUUGGGAACGUACUGCACCGUGGAGCCGUACAUCGACGCCAAAUAUGACAUCCACAUACAGAAAAUCGGAUCCAAUUACAAAGCGUUUAUGCGCAAAUCUAUUUCGGGCAACUGGAAAACGAAUCAGGGAUCCGCAAUGCUUGAAGCAAUUGGCAUGAACGAUAGAUACAAAAUGUGGAUAGAUGAGGUGAGCGAAAUCUUCGGUGGUUUAGAAGUGUGCGCCCUGGAGCUUGUGGUCGGCAAGGACGGGCGGGAACAUAUCAUCGAGCUGAAUGACUCUGCCACCUCAUUCAUGGGCGACUCGCAGGAGGAAGACCGUCGCCAUCUCUCCGAACUUGUGUUGCAGCGCAUGCAGGCUGUGUGUCGGCCCGGUAUAACGAAGACCACGUCGCGGAGCUCCGUGUCGGGCAGCUCGGCGGCGGCGUCGCCGGAGGAGCGGCCCGGAGCGAGCAUGGUGCCGGGCGGGGGGCCGCCGGGCCCGCCCAGCGUGCCGCCGCCCGCGCCGCUCGCCACCGGCGCCAGCAUCGACCGGCCGCUGCCGCCCAUCCCGGCCGAGCCCACGCAGCCGCCGCCGCCGCCGCUCACGCGCCGCGACUCUCAAGCGUCGCAAUCAUCGACAGUAUCGUCAGUGUCGGCGGCUCCGAGCAGCGGCGGGGCCGGGGGCGGGGCGGGCGCGGGGGCGCCGGGCGGGCGCGGGGGCUUCACGCGGCAGGGCUCCCUCAGCGCCACCCUCACCGAGGACGCUGAGGACACCAUGAAGAACCUGCGCAAAACAUUCGCCGGAAUCUUUGGCGAUAUGUAAAACUACAACACAACUCGGGCAAUAGACAUGGUCGUAUCAUCGAUUUCAAUUAGUUCUUAACGUUGCUGGACGUUUUGUUAUAUGUUUAAAUUAUGCGUUCCAGAAAGUAUGAUGCUAAUACACACAUACUUGUGUGUUAUAUAAGUGUGUAGAAAGGACCGUGAAUAAUUUUAGAACAUUUCUUGUGAUCGCAGAACUCAAGCAACAUCAUAAAAAAACACACAUGACGUAACGCAUGACGUCUUCUCGUAGCCUUUGAAUAAUUCUGUGAAAGAAUUGCGCUUUUUGGUGUGUGUCACUGGCCAUAAAAGGCAGUAAUAUUUGAUGAUAAAUGUUUGCCUAUUGUCCGGGCCCACAGUUUACUUACGUCAGAAGAACGUGCAAAUCGCAAAUAGGCAAGACGCGUUGUGCAUAAAAUGACAGGAUAUUGAAAGAUAUUCCGAACAACCGAACCAGAAUUCGUUUCUUACCCACACAUAGCGCCUAUCGACGAAAGUGCUGUCUUCCUCGCCUGCAAAGGGAUCGUCUCUCCGAUCAAGUGAUUGUAGAGAGAGCAGAGUAAAAUAGUAUUAAUGUAAAUUAACUAUAGAUUUUCUACAAUAAGUUAAAUAUAAAUACGAAUCAACUGAGCUACAUUGUGAUCGAACCCGUUUGUAUGUGUUGCGGUGCGAGCGCGUGUGCGCGUGCUCGUGCGCGGGCUCGUGCGCGUGUUCGCGCGCGUGCUCGUGCGCGUGCUGGUGCGCGUGCGCGUGUACGGUGCUCGAGUCGCACGCUUUAUUGGUUUCUUCUGUCUCAGUCAUCUUCACUUGCUGCACUUUCGUGGAACAUUAAACAAUUGCUUCGAUCUCAACAUUUUGCUUUUAACGUAUUGUACUGUCACAUCACAAAUUAUAACUUUCUAUUUAAUCAUCACUUCCUCGGUGAUAAUUAAUGUAUAGCAAUAUUUUUUUGAUAUUGUUUGUUUUUUGCUAUUUUGCAUAUGAAUAAUUGCAAUAAUAAUAUUGAAUGUUUACAAUCAAUAUUAUAAUAUUAAUUUUAUUUAAAUUUUUACUAGAUUUAAAAUUAUAAGACAAUGGGAUCUGAGCAAUGCUAUCGAGGACAAUAUUGUUAAAAGCAAAAAUCCAGUUUUUAUAUUAUACAUCAUUAUACCUAUUACUAGUUAUAUUUCAUAGUUUAAGAUAAUCUUCUUGGUAUAAAACGCAAAUUACGUUCCUUCUUACGCUCUAUUGUGCUUAUAUGUACACUACUUAUGUCUUUAACAAAGUAUCUAUACAUAACUAUCUUCAUUUGUAUAUUACUGUAAAAGCAACAUUAUUAACAACAAGAAAAACGGAAAUUGUAGUUUCUAGCCAUUUCUAUAUUCCUUUCGUAUACUAUCGAGUUAAUGAAUAGCCAAUGUUUCUAGAAGAAGGGUAACACAAUCAUAAACAAGUGACAAAACAAUAGAUUUUAUACAACAAAAUAACUAUAUUCUAUUGAUAGACUUGUCAAUUAUCGGUUAUUAAUCAGCAGUACCCCGGCUGUUGCAGUAAUAAAAUUGUUUUUUUUUAUAUAUGUUUCGACGUUUUAAACUUGAAACAUUUUCCCAAUGCAUUGCGCUUUUAAUAUAUCUAACUGUAGAAAAUUAAAAAGUUAAAGGUUACUUAACUAUCUACCUACUCUUCUGUAGCAAUGACAAUCAUUAAGUAGAUAUUAUAUAUGUAGUCAAAUUUAAUUUAUUUAUGCGAUUUGUAGAAGUUAUAGUACAUGCAUAAGUACAUUUUAAACGUAUUAAUAUUUAAAUAAUUAUAUUUAUUCAAAACCCACUUGUUAUUGUAGAUUUUACAACGAAAAUAGCUAUAAUACAGAUGUAAGUUUCAUACAUAACAGAAUUAAAGUUACCUCCGACGAGAGCAGAAGUUUAGUUUAUAAUAAUGACUAUGAUAUAUGUUUGCUUCAUGUAAGUUCAUCGAUGUUGGUUUUGGAGUAGUGUUUGUUACGCCGAGUCGUCGUGUACCUCGGCCGAGUACUAAGUACCUGUGGAAUUAAACAAGUGUAAAAGCACCAGUAGAACAUGUCCCACACCAAACCCAUAGAGAUAGUCACAUAGCCGCCAUGUUAGCGUUUACUACGUGUCUAUGAAAUGCGCAAUUAGAUAAAUUAUGUAUACUAUAGCUUGGAACAUGUGUUACGUUCUACGUAAUAGUAAGAAUUAAUUUGUUUAAUGUUUAAAGAAUUUUCAACGUUUGUUAAUUGUUAGGAUAUAAUAUAAACACUCAAAUUAAUAUAAACGCUGUUGUUGUUGUUGCUAACAAGUUAUAUAAUAUACCUAUAUACUCCUAUAAUGAAAUGACGGAUAAUAAUCUUUUUAAAGAAUAUGUCGCGGUAAAAGAGGCAACAGAUCGCCAGUGAGCAAUAAACGGUUGUUUCUGUUGGAUUUUUACUGCGACAUAAUUGCUUUAGGUAACUUAUGAGGCAUGGUAUGUCACAUAUAAAGUGGAACUACGGAACCUAUUAACAUAAUGUUAAAAUUCAAUGAGCAUAAAAAACCGAUCGUAUUUCCGCGUUCGAUAUCGGCGGAGUCCACAAAAAGACAAGAAAUGUGACAUCAAUGCCCACGUUCCGAUGGAAUAUGUUAAUGGAAUUUGAAUGCAUGUUAAUCUAUAUAAUAAUAAAUACCUCUUUUGGUAAGUCACUACCGAAA